AUUCAUAGAUUAUAAUGUGGAAGAAGAAGAUGAUCAUGGUGAGGAAAAGACACUUGGACAAAGUAAUUAUAGAAAAAAUUCUUAUGAUAGAAAUGUGAAUGGUCAAAAAAUAGUUACAAGAAAAGGAUAUUUUGACAAUUAUACUCCUGAAUAUUUUGAUGAAACAAUGUUUUCUUUAAAUGUUUUUGAAGGUGACAUUGAUCCUUCAAUUAAACUAUCUGCUGAAAUGCAAAAAGAAAGGAAAAAUUGGCAAAGUUUUUUAUCAUCCGUGUUAACUGGUGAAGUUAUAAUGACUGAGAAACAAAGGAUCUCUAGCUCUAAUUCUCAUCAAAAUGCAAAUAACUUUUACCAAAUUUGGUUAGAAAUUCGGGCUACCACUCAUAAUCAUUCACUCUCUGAAGAAAAACAAAUUUUGAAUGAAAAAAAACAUCAAGUUGAUGCCGUACUUAAAGAAAUAAUCAAUUUUCAAGUUCGACCCGGUAAUGUUCCAGCUCUUGAUCAAGUUGCAGUAUUACUUCAAAAAGUUGACGCCUGUGAAAGUCUUUAUCCAUCGAGGAAGGUAAUGAUGUCUGAAAAACCCCUAUACAAAUCAGAGAGAUUUCAACAUAGCAUAGAUGCAUUGAAUUCAUGGUUAACAAUAACUAGGAGCUUACAGGAUCAAUUGAAAAUUCUGCAAAAUUGGACUGGCAGCGAAAAUUUAGAGAUUACAAGACCAAAAGAUUCUCCAGCAGAUGCAGAAAAUCCUUCUUUCUUGGAACGAAUAUUGAAAGAAAAUAGUUUAAAACAAACAUUUGAAAAAAAAAUACUUUCCACAUUGAAUUCACUUUUAUCAAAAGCUAAGUGUAUAAUGAUUGAAAAUGCUGAUACAUUUGCUAAAAUGAAAUUACCUUCAUAUAUCAAUAAGUUACAACAACUUUCGCAUUUUCCUACAAAAUUUAUGGAAGAAUGUAUGAAAUUAUUACUUGAAAUCUCUGGCCACUUAACAGAUCCAACAUUGCUCAUGAUUCAACAGAGAAUGGAUGACUUUCGUAUUUCUCUUAUUUUGGCUUGUCAAAUUAAACAUCAAUAUUUAGAAUUAAUAAAACCUGAACCUGGUUGGGAAAUCCCACAACUCAUUGAUGAAAAUUAUAAUACCGUAUUGUUGCAAUCUUUGAAAUUUUAUUUAAGAUUGUUGCAAUGGAAAUUUAAAGGUGGUUGUAAAACUGUAUUUUUUAAAGAAGUUGAAAUAUUAGAAAAUGAAUGGUUAUUUUUAAGUGAUAUUUCACGUGAUAUUGCUGGUGGUGAUAUUGUAGUUGCAGAACAAUUUUGUAGGUUUUUGUUUGGAGAACUUGAAAAUGCAGCGGAAUAUUUUAUCGAUGAUGAUAAUUUUCCAAGCUUUAUAAAAAGUUUAGAAAAUACAAAUCAUGUUCUUAUUUAUCCAGAUACUUUCACGGAAGAUAACAUAUGUUUUAUUGCUGAGCAAUCUCUUAAUGACCGACCAGAACAAAUUAAAAAGUUACUUGAAUCUAUACUCACACCAUAUGAUAAGCUUAAUUAUGAAGAAGAGUUGAAGGAUACUGAAUAUGUACUUAUUUUGUCACCAAGAGUCUCUUUUGAAUGGAAUGGCCCAAUAAUGACAACCUCUUUUGGUCAAUUAAAUAUUGAGCUUAGAAAUCAUCGUACAAGACUUGUUGCUAAUGGUUCUUAUGCUCGAUUGCAAGCAUGUAAACAAAGGUUUCAUAGUGCAGUUGAAAACUGUGAUAUCAAAAUAAUAACAGAGACAUGUGUUAACGUUCCAAACGUGAAUCAUGAGGUUGCAAAAGCCAAAAAAACUAUAAUAAAAUUAGUUAAGAUGAUUAUUGAUAGUGUCAAGAAAAUCCGUGAAAUGACAAAGAAUCUUCAAUCUCAAGAUCUAAUCGAAAAUUUUUUCAGUUUUGCAACUGAAAUAGGUCAGCGAUGUAUUAGAUAUAUGCAUAAAGAUGCUGCACUAAACCAACUAAAUAUAAAGCUAACACAUAUGGCUAUUGACUGGGUUAGCUUCAUAUGUGAUGAUUGUAUUCCCAACGAUCGUAAAACUUUUCGAUGGGCUGUCAUAGCUCUAGAAUUUGCUAUGGUAGCAAAUCAUGGAAGCAAUAUUUUUGGUUUAAGUGAGGAGGCAUUUUCUUUACUUCAUAACAAAGUAGCUAAAUAUUCAUUGAAUAUUCGAAAAGAAUGGAUUGCUUCUUUGAAUGAAUUGGAAACAAGAAGAUCACAAAAGUUACAAGAUCAAAGACUCAUUGGAAAAGUUCUCGAGGAUCAACCUGAAAACCGACCACUUGUAUUUUUAGCCUCCUCAAGUUCCAACAUUUCACUACGUUGGCAACAAGGCAAAUUCAUAGGCGGUGGUACCUUUGGUUCAGUUUAUUUGGCUGUUAAUUUGGAUACUAGUGACCUAAUGGCAGUUAAAGAAAUACGUUUUCAAGAUCUCUCAUAUUUUUCAUCUUUAUACAAGUCAGUUAAAGAAGAAAUGUCUGUUUUGGAAAUGCUUGAUCAUCCAAACAUUGUUUCGUAUUAUGGUAUUGAAGUGCAUCGAGAUAAAGUAUAUAUAUUUAUGGAGUAUUGUCAAGGGGGAUCACUGGCAUCUCAAUUAGAACAUGGUCGUAUCGAAGAUGAAAAUGUAAUUAGAUUUUAUGUAGUGCAAAUGUUGCGAGGUCUAAUAUACCUACAUGAAAAUAAUAUUAUACACAGAGACAUUAAACCUGAUAAUAUACUGUUAGAUCACAUGGAAUGUAUAAAAUUUGUAGAUUUUGGAGCAGCCAAAAUCCUAGCAAAAAAUCAAAGGACAAUGGGUAAAAAAACUACGGCUCAAAAAACAAACAUUAACAGUUUAACUGGUACACCAAUGUAUAUGGCACCAGAAAUUAUAACAGGCGGCGAAAAGGGACGAAAAGGUUCUAUGGACAUAUGGUCUUUAGGUUGUUGUAUAUUAGAGAUGGCUACUGGUAGACGUCCAUGGUCUAAUUUAGAUAAUGAGUGGGCUAUUAUGUAUCAUGUGGUGACCGGAAACCCACCAUUGCCAGAUCCUUCACAAAUAUCAGAAUUUGGAAUGGAUUUUCUAAAGAAAUGUUUUAUAAGAUCACCACAACAACGCCCUACGGCUAAAGAAUUAAUUAAACAUCCUUGGAUAGCUGAUAUGUUUGAAACUAGUGAUGUAAAUAGGUCCAAUGGUUCACAAAUUGUUAAUAAUUGCAACAGCCAUAACAAUCAACGUCGUCGCCGCGCUAAUAACAACAAUUUUACUACAUCAAAUUCAACUGCGUUAAAACAUCAUCAUGCACUAUAA